AUGUCAUCUAGCGGCGAGGACCACCAUACUACUCCGUCCACAGCGGACACUACCACUCCCUCCAGCACAUCAUCAGAAGCCCCGCACCACAUCCGCAGCAGCAAGGAAGUCAAAGAGCACCUAGAAAACACCGUCGAAUAUCUCUGCACAUGUGCUAACGAUCGUACAAUCUACGACGUCCGAGAAUACUUUGGCCAAGACUUCGUCGCAGUAAUAGUUCCACCGCAGAAGCUGACCCUCGAUGAAUACUUUAGUCAUCUGCGAUCCGUCCGCUCUGUCAAGCCGAAUGUAUGGAUCCAGUCAAACGGGAUGUCAACGGUUGUUGAUGCUCAGAAAGGCUCUGCGAGAGUGUUCAUGGAUUUCGAGAUCUCUGGUGUAUAUGAGGGCGUUGUGAGGCCGAGUGUGGCAGUGUUCAAGUUUAGGUAUGGGUUGGACGGAAAGUGGAGAUUGGUGCAUUACGAGGCAGCGGAUGGAUUGAGUGGUAUGGGGAGUAUGCCUUGA